GAAGGAUGGCGACGAUGGGUAUCUACUCGGUAGGUACGAGCUCCGCAGGAUGGGCUCUCUGCUAAACACCAAGACUGGCUCGGUACGCAAACGGAUUGAAAGCCGUACGGUCCCUUCCCGUGGUCCCUGGAGGAGAGCGUUGGCUAAGCUGGUUCUAGAUACUUUCGAGGAUGAGGCCGGCGAGGAGUACGAUGCGUCGCGGUUUGGAGGCUUUGGCGAUUAUAUGCGCCGCAAGAAGAUCAAGCUGCAGAAUCUAGAUGCAGAAAUCAGAUCCUCCUCCGCGGGUAAUCCGCCCAUUUUCCGCGGCGUGGUGGCCCAUGUGAAUGGCUACACGCAGCCCUCGUUGCAGGACCUCCAUCGGUUGAUUGUGGGCCAUGGCGGCGGGUUUCUGCAGUAUCUGGAUGGCAAGACCGCCGCGACGCAUGUCAUCGCGAGCUCUCUAACGCCGAAGAAGAGAGAGGAGUUCCGCAGGUACCGCGUCGUCCAGCCGGCAUGGGUGGUGGAGAGCGUGAGGGCUGGGCGGCUGCUCCCCUGGGAUUCUUUCCGAGUAGUAGAUGAGGGACAUGCCCAGAAGGUGUUACGGUUUGACAACGGCCGGGUCUCGAGUCAGAUCAAUACAAAUCCGCCGUCAGCCUACAAGACCCAAUCCCGUUCCAGCUGGUAUGCUUCUCAAUUGAAGAGUGUGGAUAUAGAGGCCGGAACACCCUCUACAUCUCAGAAAACAUUAGAAAAUCAUGAUUCUAAUGCAGGAGCAAAUUUAAUCCCAAGCGACGACAUUCAGUCUGACUAUGGCGACUUUCCCAGUUUCAACACGCUAGAUGCCACACAGACAGAUUUUCCCGUGAUUGAAGAAGCAUAUGUUCCGAAACAGGCUGUGGCAGAAAUAGAAGAAUACUAUUCUCCACCUCGUAUCAUUCAAAGUGAGCCGAUCCCAGUCACAAAGCCAGAUUCUAGUACUUCGCCAUUGCCACUCGCUCGGGAACCAGCGUCUUUGAAGACAGGUAUGUCGUCCGAGGAAUACAACGCGCAGCUAUUGUCAGACCCGAAAACGAGAAACACCAGUGUCGGGAACCCAGAAUUCCUCCAACAAUACUAUCGUGAAUCACGAUUACACCAUCUGUCGACGUGGAAAGCCGAGCUGAAAGCACAACUCAUGUCCGCGGCCAAAGAAAAGUCCCAAACUCAGACCAGUCGCCCCAAGUUGGGCCCUGGUGUGAGAAGAUACAUUCUACAUGUGGAUUUUGAUUCUUUUUUCGCUGCAGUCUCCAUCCGUAAACAUCCAGAGCUAGAAGGAAAACCCGUUGCUAUCGCUCAUGGAACCGGAUCUGGCUCAGAGAUCGCGAGCUGCAACUAUUCUGCUCGUGACUUUGGUCUUAAGAACGGCAUGUGGAUGAAGAGUGCUCUCCAGAUGUGUCCGGGUCUGAAAGUUCUUCCCUAUGAUUUCCCUGCCUACGAGGAUGCCAGUCAAAAGUUUUAUGCCGCAGUCCUGGCCGUUGACGGCGUCGUACAGAGUGUCAGUAUUGAUGAAGCUCUCAUUGACGUCACAGGUCAAUGUCUCCGAGCUGGCGGAUCUGACGGCCGCGGUGUAUCAGAAGGUUCCAUAUACGGGGAGGAAGCCAAAGCGGAUGAGAUUGCUGAAUGCCUUCGAGCGUCAGUGAAAGAGAAGACUGGGUGUGAUGUGUCUGUGGGAAUCGGUGGGAACAUCUUGCUCGCUAAAGUGGCUCUCCGACGAGCGAAACCAGCGGGACAGUUCCAAUUGAAACCAGACGCGGUAUUGGAUUUCAUCGGAGAGUUGACAGUCCGGGAUCUACCUGGUGUCGGGCACAGCCUGAGUGCCAAGUUGGAAGAAAUCGGUGUCAAAUUCGUCAAAGACAUCCGCACUCUGUCUAAAGAAAGGCUUACCUCUAGUCUCGGGCCGAAAACAGGCGCCAAAAUGUGGGACUAUGCCCGUGGCAUCGACCAGUCUGAGGUGGGCCAUGAGGUUGUCAGAAAGUCCGUGUCAGCCGAGGUGAACUGGGGCAUCCGAUUUACCAACCAGAUCCAGGCAGAAGACUUUGUAAGGUCCCUGUGUGACGAGCUCCACCGCAGGCUCAUCGACAACUUGGUCAAAGGCAGGCAGUUGACGCUCAAGGUCAUGAGAAGAGCGCCUGAUGCCCCGUUAGAACCCGCGAAACAUCUGGGACAUGGCAAGUGCGAUGUCUUCAACAAAAGCGUGAUGCUUGGUGUCGCCACCAACGCACAAGAUGUUAUAGGGAAAGAAGCCGUGUCCAUGCUCAAGAGCUUCAACCUUUCCUCCGGCGACCUAAGAGGUCUCGGCGUGCAAAUGACGAAACUGGAACCUCUCAAGCCCGGCCCGAUGGAGAGCAGUCAAAUGCAACUACAAUUCAACAAGUCUCCGGCCCGCAAGAAGGUGGAACAGAACAUUGAUCCAGACGACGUGGACAGCCCCAGGAAAGGCGAUAGGCAUGGCUUGAGUGCAGCCGAGUCCUCGAGACUUGCACCCUCGUUGAAUGACAGCAGUCACAAACCACUGAACCUAUCAGGCACGCAAUUCAUCAUGCCGACUCAAGCCGAUCCGGAGGUUCUUGCCGAGUUGCCUGGCGACAUCAGGUCCAGGCUCAUCUCCCAGGGGAAAUCGAGGCCAGAUGCUGUACGGCCUGUGUCCCCAACACCUCUGCCUCGCCCCCGCAGGCAGGGCACCGCCGCACCUGCCGAGUUUCCACCCCAAUCGCAGCUGGAUCCUGACACCCUCGCCGCUCUACCAGACGAUGUAAGGGCGGAGAUCUUGGCUUACUACGACCCCCAGCAACCCUCUAGGCCCAUGCCAUUGGAGCCACCUCACGCCCCAUCGGCAGGAUCUCUCCGGUUGAAGAAACCCACGACGCCGACGAAGAGACGACGUGGCCGCCCCAGCACCAAGGCUCUAGGCAAUAUGAAGUUGACCCAGUCUAACUUCACCGCAGUGCGGCCUCGGACGUCCGACUCAACCACCGCCGAAGAUGCAAUGCGUCCCCAGUCGUCCUCAUCCGGACACGAGGUUCCAACUUUGGACGCAUCGGAGGUCUCUACCGAAUUUCUCGCCGCUCUACCAGAGGACAUCCGCCAGGAGAUUCUAGCAGAGCAGCGGCGAGCGCAGCAGCAGCAACGGAUAGCAAACACGCGAAAAGCACCCGCUCCUCCUCUCCCUCCACAGCGGAGAGGACCCGUCCUCCCACCGCUGCCCGCGCGACCAACCUUCACCGCACAGAAACUCACCCAGCUGCCAGACCUCCGUCAUGCCGUGGACGAAUGGCACUCUGCCUUUUCCACAGAGGGGCCCUUUGCCGAAGACGUCGCCGCACUAAGCAAGUAUCUACACCGGGUGAUUGUCGAGGAAAAAGAUAUCGACAAGGCCGUCUCCGUGGUGAACUGGACGAGCUGGUUGAUUGGGCGGCAGCAGCAGCCCGCAGAGAUAACCCCCACUCCGCGCAGUUCCAAUGGAAGCUUCUCCUCCUCCCUCGAUGUGGUGGCUUGGGAUCGUGCUCUGGCAAGUUUACAGGAGACUGUUGUCUCGGCGUUGGAGGAACGGGGCCUGCCACCUGUUGAUUUUGAUUGAUGAUUUUGAUUUAUGAGUAAUGAUCUUAUAAUGCAUAUACCUGUAUAAGUUAUCUUGUGUUUAUUCAUGAAGCCACUACAUAAUAAAUAUUUAUGGAGUCAGUGAUUCUUAUGGUUAGGGGUAUAUAUUUAAAAAUACAAUGGGU